GCGACUGCAUUCAUCCCCACUGUCAUCAACUCCCGGAUUGCUAACGUACAAGGGUUCGAGCCGCGCAGCAGUUGAUUAGGAUGGCGAAGAAAAAGAAGGGCCCGACUCUGGAGGCGUGGUGUUGGUACUGCGACCGUGAAUUCGAAGAUGAGAAAGUUCUACUGCAACACCAGAAGGCCAAACACUACCGAUGUCCGCAAUGCCCCAGAAGGCUGAACACUGCCGGUGGACUUGCUGUUCAUCUGCAGCAAGUCCACAAGUCAGAGCCCGGAAGGCUUGAGAAUACACUUCCGGGGCGAGACACUUUCGAUAUUGAAAUCUAUGGCAUGGAAGGUAUUCCUGCUGCAGAUCUCGCAGAGUAUCACUCUCGAAAAGCGGCAAGGGCUGCAGGAACCGAUGGGGGCGGUGGUGGAGAAUUCAGAUCGAGCAAGAAGCCACGCGUUGACAAGAGCGUGAUCCCUGCCGACCGGCUCCGCGCUCAGCUCGAGGCGCACAAGGCGCUUAUGGCAGGGAAAGCACCGCCUCUGAGUGUGAUGAGCGCAUUGGCUGGUAUGGCCCCGCCUGGAUUAUAUGCUGGUCCACCGCCUGGAUUCGCGCAAAUUCGACCGCUCCCAGGACCAUAUAGCGGGCCACCACCGGCUUUCCCUCCUCCGGGCUUUAGCGGUUCGCCCCCGGGUAUGCCAGGCGCCGCCCCUUCCACGCCGUCUGCGGCGCCGCCUGCAGCUCCCCAGCCAUCUCCGCACCAGCGAGCCAUCAAGAGCGGCGCAAAGAGCCGGAUGGUGUACACAGAUGCGGUACUGUCACCUGACGAGAAGCUUGCAAGCACCAGCAAGUACACUUAUCUCGAUCCUGAGGACCCUGCGGACGCUAUGAAGAUUCAGGCGCAGCAGCAAGCUAACGUGCUCCCAGGCUGGCAACAAUUCCGCGCGGUUCAACCACCUCCCGCUCCUGCCCAGGGUCCUCCUGGCUAUGGUGCGGCCUAUGGUAGAUUCAACACAGGCGCACCAGCACUGCCACCGCCGAUGGUGACACUGUCACAGCAAGUUCAAGCUUACCCUAUUGCAUCACCUGGCAACGCAGCGCCGGCGAGUGCAGACCCAGAAAAUCUCACCACCGAGGCGCUCGCCACUGCCAACGCGGCUGUUGUAGCUGAUCCAGCAGCCGCUAUGCAGCACGAGGCAGACAUAAAAAGUAUGCAUGUGAAUGCCGCUACCGCCGCCGCCGACAGCGAGAUGGCGGACCAGGACAGCAGCCAGGGCGGGCUUGUUGCUGGCCAGAAGAGGGCCAGAGCUGCAGACUUGUUCUAAUGGUAGGGGAGCAAGGCCAUUGUGCCAAACUGCGAAAGCGAGCAGCGAUGGAUCGAGGGCGUGUCGCAGACAAGUACAAAUGACGUUACAGAGCCUAGAACUGCUCGCUGAAGGGGCACAGGUCUAGCUCAUUAGACUCAGCAUUGCAGUGC